AUGAUCGAAAAGCUAGCACAGUCGAAGGAUACGCACCCGGUCGCAUACUGGCUGCUGAUAGCUAGUGUCGGUGUCUAUCUUCUUUCUCGUGUAUUGUGUUAUGGCAUGCGAACAAAAGACUUCCCUCCGGGCCCUCCAACCAUUCCAAUUCUAGGUAAUCUACUACAAUUUCCCACCAAAGACUUUCAUUUGGGAUUCCAAAAGCUGGCAAAGAAAUUUGCAGAUGGACGGAUUACCGGUAUGAAGAUGGGUGGUCAGAAUCUCUUCCUGGUUAAUGACCCCGCCGUUGUCCGCGACUUGAUCGAGAAGAGGAGUAGCAACUACUCCUGUCGUCCUGAUCUGUAUGUUCGAGAGUUUGGUGACAACAUGAACAUUGCCCUGCGCGACAACGACGAAACAUGGCGCAGACAACGCAAAAUGUAUCAUGUCCGCCUCAACGUAAAGUCUGCGGAUGCCUAUCUCCCAUAUCAAGACUUUGAUAGCAUUCAGCUCUUGGAUGAUAUAAUGAGAUCUCCAAAGGAGUGGCGCGAUCAUCUCUACAGAUAUACCGCCAGUAUCUCGACAGGUGUUCUUUACGGAUGGAGAACCCCUCAGACGAACACAGGCUACGUCAAAGACCUCCUUGAGUGGAUGGUACUUACGUCAGAAGCCAUUAAUUUCAAGAUUGUCGAUUUCUAUCCAUUUCUUCGCCCAUUCUUCCGAGCGCUCCCGCAUUGGAUGAGCUCGACGAAACGCAAGCUUGCAUAUCUCCAAAAGCUCGAAGACAGGGUUUUUAUGGGUCUGUUGGACCGCGCCAAGGAAAGCAUUGCUCAAGGAAAGCCUCAUCCGAGUUUCAUUCGUGACAUGAUUUUGGACAAGGACCAUGACCGGCUUACGGACCGGCAAAUUGCUCACAAUGCCGCCCACGGGUUCGGCGCCGCAAUGUUUGUGACCGCGUCGUCGCUCCAGGCUGUAUCCGUCUUGGCUAACAUGUCUUACUACGUACAGGCCAUGGUCUUACACCCUGAGGUCCAGAGACGCGCCCAGGAAGAACUUGAUGCCGUGAUUGGAUCAGGGGGCCCAAGUCCUAUCACCGGGGCGGUUCCGCACUCUGCGAAGCAAGACGAUGUCUACGACGGCAUGACAAUCCCCAAGGGCUCCAUCGUCAUGAUGAACAUCUGGUCGCUCAAUCACAACCGUUUUGAAAACUCUCGUGACUUUGAUCCGCUUCGUCAGAGCUCGGACGUGACCUUGCUAGAGAACAGCGCCAUUAACCAGGACUCGCCCAAGCGUCUCCACUUCACCUUUGGCGCGGGAAGACGUGUGUGUCCUGGCUUUCAUGUGGCCGAGAGAAACCUAUUCCUCGCCGUCUCUCGCAUCCUGUGGGGAUUCAACAUUGAGCGAGCUUAUGAUGCCUAUGGCAACCCCAUCGAAAUCAGACGAGACGCAGUGACACCCGGUGUCAUCAUCGCUCCCGAGCCUUUCGACCCCGAGAGAGCAAAUUUCAUGAAGAAAGCUUGGAGGGAGUGUGAGAAGGACCUCGACUCCGAAGGAAACUUCAAGCCGGAAUUCAUCUACAGGGUUUUCCCGAACCUUCAGCAGAGUGUCAAGGCAUGA